CUCAAUUGAAACCUGCUUUUGCCACCACUGGCUUCUGUGACGUGUUGAUGGCCACAUGAGGCCGCCGUCGGCACCCCGCUCUUCGCGGCGGCCCACGUUGACGCUGACCCCGGACCUCAAGGAGGAGGAUGUGGCGAACACAGGGCCACUCUUCCGACGAGAGGAGAGCGGAAGUCCUCUUCCGGACGAUCGGAUUGAUGCUACCUUGGAUGCCAGCAUGGAAGAGGAUGCCCUGAGGUUUAUGGAGCUUCCCGUGGAAACCUUGGGGGGCCGGCGCCGGCGCUUGUUGGCGCAGUUUGCGGAGAACACCCACCGGCUGGAUGCCUGGCUACGACGAGCUGAGCAGAGCGCGGUGCCGCUCCGCGAGCCCAGCGCGGAGGAGUACAGCUGGCGCCCCCGCAGGCUGAGGGGGUCCCGCGGAUCCGGUCGAACCUUCCGGGUCUUGGGACCGGUACGGCAGGGCUUUGGCAUCAGGAAGCCGCGGAACCACGUCACUUGCGUGGAUGAGGAUCUUCUCCUGAGCAGGGAGGAGCAUGAGAUGAUGAUGCAAUGGGAGGAUCGCUGGCAAGCUCAGGAGCUAGAGCAGAGAGAAGAGUUUCUGCAAGGAGGAGAAGAUUGCCCAACCCCAUCCUUCGGAUUCGAGGCUUCUCCCCACGAGGUGCCGAAGAAGAUGAGUCACUCUGAGACCUUAGAGGAGGACGAGUUCGCUGCGGAGGUCCGCGCCAUUUGCGGCGACACCUCGGUGGAACUUGGACCUCCGGUGGCGCCACGGGAGGCGAAGCCUCGAGUGACUGUGGUUGGCCAACCUCCACUCGAAGAGGAAUCCGUGAAGGAGUCGAUGAGUCGAGAAGAGCGGCUCAUGCGCUUCUGCCCCGAGGCUGUGAACCCUGCGUUCUCCUCGGAGAUUCAGCAGGUCUUACAGAAGAGCCUGGUUCGUGGCGCCAGCAAGGUGCUCGCGGAGCAUCGGGGCCACCAGAUGAACUGGGAACGAUUGAAGAAGACCGGCGCGGUCGAGGAGAGACCGGAUGAUCAACGUGCCCUUCGUCAAGCGCUUCAUCUGCAUGCGAGGACGCAGCACUGGCGCCGUUCCCGGUAUCGGGGCUGUUUGGCCACACCACCACUGCGUGGUUCCAUGCUCAGGCCCGGGAGCUGCUCCAUUCGACAAAGUCCUGACUUUACGCAGCUGCGACAGGAGCUCCCGAGUAAGGCCGAGCUCAUCGCCCGGAAGCGACGGAAGAGGUCCACUGGAAGUCGCCAGGUAGAGAUGCGGGGCCCUUCCAGAGAGAGCAUCUCUCGCGCGAACUCGCCUCGCCUCUUUGAGCCGGUCCUUUGCAGCCCGGAGUGCCGGAACUGGCGCUCGAAGUCGCCCAUCCAGCAGCAGUUCGAGCGAGAGGAGGAGCACAUCAUUGUGGGUAGCCAGUGGAGAGACCUUUUGCAGGAGCUUCGCCAGGAACGUCGGCACCCAUGCCAGCUGAAGUCUCGCCACCUCGGCCAGCAGAGCGAGGAGCAGACAGUUGACCGGAUGGUCUCGCGGAUGAAAUCAAGGGAGCUUCAGGAGAAUGGAAAGCUGGAGGAUUGUCCUGAUGCUCAUGCGCUCCAUUUGGUGCGCGAAGGGCGAUUGGAGGCUUUGGAGCGAUGGGGAGGCUUACGCUUUGUAAGGCUCAGCAUGCAGCGUCAGCUGCUGUUCUACACGGUGCGUCAUGGGUCGGUGCAGAUGCUCCAGUGGCUUUUAGAGGAGCUUGGACGCAACCACCAUCCAGAGGCAUUGCACUGGCGGGAGCAGGGUGGAAGGACUUCGACGCUGCUGCAUGCUGCUGCAGAGGUCGACAUGCUCGCCAUGUGCGUCCUUCUGGAAGAGCUGGGCGCGGACCUGGAGGCGACCAACGAGAAGGGGCAGCAAGCAUGGCAGGUGGCGGGUCCAUUUUGCCAAGAGAUUUUCAAGCUCUAUGGGAGCUUCAGGAUGGAAGACAAGAGUCCUUCGAAUUGGAUGACCACCCUCCGCACGGGCGAGACGGAGGGCUUUGGCGAGUCGAUGAUGUGAGGACCUCGAGCAGAUCCUACGUGUCAGGAGGCGACCGCCCUGACGCCGUUCAGCUGGGUGAGGACAUGAGUCUAGAAAAGCGGCUCUUUCCUGAGAGGGGUCACAAGGUGGUGGUUUUCAGAGCUUGUUUCAUACCAUGCAGACAUGAGCACGUUUGGAUGCUCCAAAACUGCC